AGCACAUAUAGAUAUUACAUCUUCUUUAUUUCACACUUCCUCCAAAAUGGCAUCUUCAACUUUUCCCCUAGUAUUCAUAGUGAGAAGACAAGAUCCAAAACAUCUUGUUCCAUCAAAACCCACACCACACGAACUCAAACAACUCUCAGACAUAGAUGACCAAGAAGGUCUUCGUUUUCAAGUACCAGGGAUCAUGUUUUACAAAAACAACCCUUCUAUGGAAGGGAAAGACCCUGCGAGUGUGAUUAGCGAAGCACUAGCCAAAGCACUUGUGUUUUACUACCCAUUUGCAGGGAGGCUUGUUGAAGGGCCUAAUCGGAAACUCUCAGUGGAUUGCACAGCCGAAGGGGUUCUGUUCAUAGAGGCAGAUGCAAAUGUGGAGCUCGACAGGCUAGGCGACACGGUUGGGCCAGGGUGUCCAUACUUGAACGAGCUUCUGUAUGAUGUUCCUGGCUCCGAUGGAAUUCUGGGCUGUCCUCUCUUGUUGAUUCAAGUGACUCGUUUUAGUUGUGGUGGAUUCACAUUUGCAAUACGUCUAAACCACACAAUGAGCGACUCUUCUGGUUUUAUCCAAUUCCUAAACACAAUCGCUGAGUUUGCCCAACAACCCCAAACCAAAAUUACACCAUCUGUCCCACCAAUUUGGCAAAGGCACCUCCUCUCUGCUAGACAACCUCCUUCCAUUACAUGCCCACACUACGAAUACGGCCAAGCACUAGCCGGAGCCGCCACCACCACCGCCACGGCCAACGGAACCACCACGAUCGACCGCUCUUUCUUCUUUGGUCCCAAAGAAAUCAGAGCCAUUCGCAACCAUCUUCCCCACCACCACUACAGCACAACAGCGACCACAUUCGAACUACUAACGGCGUGUAUAUGGCAAUGUCGAACACGCGCACUCUGCCUAGCCCCAGACGAGACUGUUCGCCUCUCGUUCACAGUCAAUGGCCGCGGCAAUAAACACGGCCUCAACCUACCUCCUGGAUACUAUGGCAACGUGUUUACCUAUCCCGCAGUGAUGGCAAAGGCAGGACUGUUAUCUAUGCUUCCAUUGGGAUAUGCAUUGGAGUUAGUAAAGAAGGCAAAGGCACAAGUGAGCGAAGAGUAUUUCAGAUCAGUGGCUGAUCUUAUGGUGAUACAGGGACGUCCUUCGCAUACCUUGGAAGCGAAUAAGGACUAUAUCAUUUCAGAUAAUACUCGGGCAGGGUUUGAUAAGUUAGAUUUCGGGUGGGGGAAGCCUGUGUAUGGCGGUAUUGCUAGGGCGAUAUCUUUGAUUAGCUUUUAUGUACCUUUUAGGGACAUUAGAGGAGGAGAAGAUGGGAUUGUGCUACCGAUAUGCUUGCCAGAAUCAGUCAUGGAUAGGUUUGAACAAGAGUUGAAGAAAAUGACUCAGGAGCCUGUGGAACAUCCACCAAAUCAUAAACCCAUUUCCAUGCACCAAAAAUGUUCACAAUCCAUAUCUUAACAAAAUAAAAUAAAAUAAAAAUUAAGAGUUCAACCUUGAUAACCUACAACAAAUGUAAGGAUAAUUAAUGAAUAAGUACUCUCCAUGUAUUGAGUAUUAGUUGUAUUAUAAUCUUCCCAGAAUGUAGAUCAGUAUGUAACUUAUUUUUGGUUUGUGUGAUAACCCAUAACAAAUGCUGUUCUUUUUUUC